AUGGAGAGAUUUAGAUCGGCGUUGGAGAAAGGGAAUCUUUUUGAUCUUGGAUGGAGAGGGAACAAGUUCACAUGGAGUAAUGAACAUGAGGAUGACACUUUUACGAAAGAAAGGUUGGAUAGGACAGUGGCCAAUCCAAGUUGGGCAUAUCUGCAUAAAGAUUACUGGGUGGAGGUCUUAGCAGGAAGAUGUUCAGAUCAUAGGCCUUUGCUAUUGUCUUCGAGUAAGAAAGGCAGAAAUAUCUGGAGAGGCAAGAAAGUAUUUAGAUAUGAAGUUGGUUGGGCCAAAGAUGAAGAAUGUGAAGGAGUUAUUAGAAGAGAGUGGGAUAGACGGGAGGAGAGGGGUAAGCAGACUAUGAAUCUCAUGAAUCUAUUGGAUAAUUGCAGCAAGGCACUUGGGAUGUGGAAUAACCAAAACAAAGUGAACAGGGUGAAAGUUAUUAAAGAGAAAACUGAAUACCUUAAGAAGCUACAAGAUGAUGAGGGGAGGCACAACUCAGCAGAGAUUAAAAGGGUGCAAAGAGAGGUUGGGAUUUUGCUGGAGAAGGAGGACCUGAAGUGCAAAGGGCCAAAAGGAACUGGUAUGCCUCAGGUGACAUGA